AUGCCAUCGCAGAUAGCUCAAACACUGCCGCUCGACAUUCUACGGGAGAUAUUCGACCACGCUGCAGCUGCCCAACCUGCUGGACGCAAUCCCAGCUUGGACACGUAUAAUCUCGGGUGGAUCAUAGUCACACACGUCUGCCAACGCUGGAGAUAUGCUGGGUUAUCCGCUGCAUCUCUAUGGGCAGACGCGGUCUGUGCGUUUCCGGACCCUACCAUCGCGGAUGAGCUCAUUACGCGCGCUCGCACUUGCCCUUUGAACUUGAGACACAUCUUCCACGACGAGAAGGAUACCGGCGCGCGCUCAUACCGUCGCUCUCCACAGCUGACGUUAAGCUGGGCUCUCAGAUAUAGAAGCCGCGCUCGCCAUCUCCAGUGUUACAUUUCCAUGGCAUCCAUCGUCCGUGACGAAGAUGCCGAAGUCAAAAUCUUGUUCGCGGAUCCUCUACCAAUCGUUGAGGACACGUCGAUCAUGGUGGAUGAUAAUCUACUCGACUUUACAACUCGCUCUCUCUUUAUCGCACAACUCAACGCUCCCGUCUUGGGGUCCGCUAGCUUGUUCGGCAUGCUACCAGCCCCGACAUCCACGCUGCCCAACCUUCGCACCCUACGUUUAUAUUUGGACGACAUCCAUGCCACGACAAUUGUGGACAUGGCUGAUAUACUCAACGCACUACGGGCUCUUCCUGCUCUGGAAUCUCUUAAUCUACGUCUGAACGACGCGGUCGAGUCGUCUGUGGAUGGAGUGUCUGUACGCCUCGAGCAUCUACGAUUCUUCCAAUCGUUGCUACGCCCCAUGAAGCAAUGA